UAAUAAAAAUGGAUGCCACAAAUGCCGCUGCCUAAGUGAGCAACAAAAUGAAUGCCGCACAAUUGGUGUGUCUUUGCCUGUGGCCGUUGCUCGCCCUCCACACGCCGACGACCUUUGUUGUGCAGGCAAUGUGCCCCAAAAAAUGCAGUUGCAAGAACAUCUCGGAGAACAUUCAAAGCUUGCGUGUUCGCUGCGACGAGCAGAAUAUUGAUAAUUGGAAGGAGCUGAAUUUUGGCGACGAUGUCCACAACAUAGUCAGCAUCAAUGCAAGCAAAAAUUUGAUAGGACAAAUAACAGAAGAGGAUUUCAAGAGCUUUACGGAACUGAAGCGUUUGGAUUUGUCAUCGAAUCUGCUCAGCGAAUUGGACAAGAGCACCUUUGGCAAUAGUCUGCUAAAUGUGGAACGUUUGCGUAUCGCCAAUAAUUCUAUUAGCCACAUUUAUGAGGGCACCUUUGAGCUUAUGCCCAAACUCAAACAGCUCGAUUUGUCCAACAAUCCGUUGGCCUGCGACUGUGGAUUGAUCUGGCUGAUUGCUUGGUCGAAUGCACGUGAUAUUCGCUUGCAGCCGGCACCAAAGUGCGAUUCACCCAUUAAUUUUCGUGGCAUGCCGCUGAAGAAACUCAAAGUGGGCAUUGACUUUCGAUGUGAGUCGCUGCUGCAGCCGCUCCUGGAGCUGGUGCCCAAGCAGAAUCAGAUUGCUUUUGAGGGCGAUGAACUGCAGCUGAAAUGUUAUGCGCCACGCGUGGCUAUUGGAGCGCCUCGCGAAUCUGAGGAUUUGCCGACACGCGCCUAUGUCUUCUGGGGUUGGUCGGACAAGAUACGACAGCAGAACUCCACCGAUGAUAUUAUCUAUCGCGAUCCGACCAAAGUGUUCAACGAUGUACAUCUGGAGACGCGACACUCAACGGAUUCCGGCAUACUCAAUUCCAUCUUACGCAUCGGGAGUCUCACACAGAAUCAUACGGGUAUGUGGGACUGUACGUUGCGCAGCCAGCAAGCGAAUCUCUCGCAAUCGAUCGUUUUGCAUGUGGUGGCAAAGGGAACGCUGUACUGUGAUGCCAUCGUUACGCAUACGAACAAGGGCAGCUAUCAUUGGCCACGGACAAUGCGCGGCGAAACGGUGCUCCAGGCAUGCGUUGAGGAGCCGAGCGAUGUGACCCAACAGCGACGUGCCAGCCACGAAUGCGCCAACGAUGGCCACUGGCAACAUUUGAAUACGGAGAGCUGUGUCUAUGUCAGCGAAACGACGCGCAUUUUCGAACAGUUCGCCAAGGUGAAUCUGACGCUAACCAAAGGACAGAAUGCCUUGGAGAUUGCGCGACGUUUGCACAAUUUUACGCAUAUACAGACGCAGCUGCACAAGAUACGCGAUCCAAUGGAUCUGGAGUAUAUAGCGCGUACGCUGCUCAAGUAUCUGGAGCAAUUGGAGGCGCAUCAGCAGGAGAUUAGCUAUCUGCUAAUGGACAUUGUAUCGCAACUGCUGACGCUGCCCGGCAAACUGUUUGAGGCGGCCCAGCUGCAACAGUCGACGGGUCACAAACUGUUGCACAUUGUCGAAGCGUCUGCGUUGCGACUCGCCAGCAGCACCGGCAGCAUCAGUGGCAGUGAGAGCGAUUUGAAUGGAUUUAUUGAUUGGCGUCGUCAAAUGUCGCAACGCAAUAUUUUCGUGGAGUUCUUCAACAUUAGUCUGGAGCAAUUUCUGAGCAUGUCGUGCGUGUGGCUUGAGGGUAGCCAGCGUGGUUUGCAAUGCAAUAGCGGCAACGAUACCAUACCCAUGUAUGAGCACGGUGACAUCGAUGCCGCCAUCCAAGUGCCCUAUCAGGUGCUCAACGAGCAGCUUUCGAACAAUGCGACAAGCAGCAGCAGCACCAGCGGCAGCGGUAGUGGUGUGCCGCGAAAUGUAAGACUGAUGAUAACGCUGCAUCGCAAUGCCAAAUUGCUGCCCAAUCUGCAGUCGGCGCAUAAUGAGACGCUCUCCUCGGUUAUCAUUGGUGCACGCCUGUACAGCAUCGAGGGUGAAGCGCUGCCCAACGGCAGUUCACGCCCGGAAAAUGCUGAUAACGAUGAUGAUGACGAUGAUGAUGUCAAUCUAGAGCACGAGGAUGUGUAUCAGCAGCGUAUAACGAUUAUGCUGCGCGCACAUCCGUAUCAUGAUGAGCGCAGUGCACCGCUGCCAGCAUGGUGGGAUGCCGAGCAUCAGAUGUGGAAUACGCGCGUCUGCCAUCAACACUAUCAGCAUCGCACCCUCCUCAUGUUUAGCUGCAGUCGGAGCGGCUAUUUUGGAUUGCUGCAACGGGCUGCCUAUCUCAAUGACUAUCGCAGCGAGUUGGCUGGUGCUCGCUUCCGUCACGCCCCCCUGCCCGUGUAUGUGGGCUGUGGUGUGUUGUUUGCGUGCGCCUGGUUCAACAUCGUCACCUUUGUCGUUUUUGGCUGUGCCAUACGCAUCAAUCGGGUGCAGCGUCAUGCACUGGUCAACACAUGGCUGGCGCUCUCCACACUCUGUCUGGUGUUUGUCCUUGGCAUCUAUCAGACAUCAAAUUUGCUGCACUGCCGUCUAUUUGGCCUCCUGCUGCACUAUCUCAGCUUGUGUGUGCUGCUCUGGCUGUGCGUCAGCUUGAGCAGCAUGUAUAAACGCUUGACGAAAUCGACAACGGCCACAUCGCUGCCGGCUACAGUUGGUCAGCCGCUGCAAAUGCGUGAACCGGCGGAGCCGCAUCAACGCAAACCCAUCCUUGGCAUCUAUUUGGUUGGCUGGGGCAUUGCGCUGCUCAUCUGUGGCAUUAGCAGUGCCGUCAAUAUGAGUGAAUAUGCCGCCUACAGCUAUUGUUUUUUGCACAAUGCGACGACAAUGAAUGCUCUGCUUGUGCCCGCUGGCAUAUUGCUGAUCUUUAGUGGGAUCUUGGCGCUGUGCAUCUACUAUCAGUUGAGCCAGCAGGCGGUGAAUGUGCUGCAGCAGCAACAGCAUCUGGGACAGCGUCAAUAUUCCGAUAAUAAUACUCAGGCCACGGAGCACAUCGAUCUCGACUGGCUGGAUGCGAAUGGCGUCAAACAGGAGGCGGCAAGCAGCUCUGGGCUGCAGCUUCAGCUGCAAUUGCAACUGCAUGAACAAUAUAGCACUUUAAGCAAUCCAUUGAGCAGCAUUGUCGAUGACUUUGAGCGCUCCAACAUGUCCCAUUUGCGGGGGCAUUUCAUCUUUCUGGUGCUGUACGUGGCAACCUGGCUGUCGGCCGCGUUCUACGUGCAACACGAGGAGCAACUGUUUGUGCUGUGCUUUGUGGCCAGUUGCGUUGCACUAGGCCUGUUCCUCAUCCUCUUCUACAAUUUGACGCGCAACGAUGCACGGCAGGCGUGGACACAGCAUCGCUUGCCACGGCCCACACGCCUCGUCGCCUACAAUAAUACACAGAAUGGCGGCCGGGCAACGGGCGCAGCAGGCGUUGGCGGUGCAGCAGCGGGUGGAGCAGCUAUGGCAAAUGUGAAAUCAGGUGGUGCUGCCAUGAUUAGCAAUUCAAUUGUCGCCUACAAACCAGCACCUGGCAGUCUUUACGAGCCAAACAAUUCGGCGGGAUCACGCUCGAACAGCCAGUGCUCCAACAAGCAGCGUAGCAACAGUGCACGCAGCAUGCGCAGCCAGACGCGCAGCAAUGGACAGAUGGACUGCACCACACAGCAACUGUUGAGUGGCAGCAAUGCACCCAAUGGCAUUACGAUCAUCAAUAAUACACAUGCCGGUGGCGUUGGGCAAUCAUCGAGUGUGGGCGCAACAGCAGCAGCAGCAGUCGGGACACCAACGCAAUCUCAAUCUCACAGCCAGCAGCAGCAGCAGCAGUCGAGUUUGCUGCAUGUGGUACCCAGUCACGAGAGCAUACCCAGCGCUGAGAUCUUCUACAAUCCGAAUCAGAUUAAUGUCGCCCGCAAAUUCUUCAAGAAGCAGAAGCGUCUCGCCAAACGCAACAAUUUUGAGCUGCAACGUCAGGCGUUACCACUGCAGCAGCUGCACAGCCAGCACAGUCUGAGCGAUGCCAGCUCCGAGCAGCUAUAUGCCCGGCAUCACAAUGCGAUGACACUGUUGGCCGGCGGCAGCAAGGUGAACAAUACGAAUCUGCAUUAUAAAUCCGCCACGGGUGCCCAGCAAUCGCCCAUUCUACACAAGGAUCAUCAUCAGCAUCUGCAGUCGUCGGUCGUGAAGCGUUUUGUGCCCGCCACCAAAAUAUUGCAGGCGAACAUCUAUACGAAUAUACCGGAGACGUUGACGCCGCAGCACGAGGUGAUUAAGUUGCGACAGAGCACGAGGACGCCAUCGCUGCUGGACGAGACGCUGCACGAGCACGACGAUGAGCUGUUGACCGCCCAGGAGGAUGACGAUGCCAGCUCAUUGGAUGAGCAUGCGCCCCUGUAUGCCAAUACGAUGCCAGCGACGCCACAAAGUGAACUCCAUCCGCACAUCUUUCGCGGCGAGCGUGGUGCACCGAUUAGCUCGACGCCGGUCAAACAGCCCAGUUUGGAGGCAAUGAAUAGCUUGGGAUUGCCGGACCCGUGCAUUGAGGAUGUAGCUGGUGCUGGUGCUGGAGCUGCUGCUGCCGAGGAGCCGCUGUUGCAGAAGCACGAAAUUUAUGUAUCGAAUUCGUUGCAGGUGACGAACAGCAUACGGCUGGAGGAUAACUUUCCCAGCGUACUCAUACGCUACAGCCAGCAACAGCAAUCGAAAUCCUUGAACAAUAUUAGCGAUAUGCUCGCGGCCAGCACAGGAGGUGGCACGGGCACCGGAGGAGCGGGCGGCAAGCAAGGUGAUGGCAAUGGCAGUGGCACUGCUGCCGCUGACCUCGAAGCCAAUGGGCUGGGCUCGCUGGCCGGUAGCAGCGCCAACUCAAUGCUAACACAGAUGUACUCCUGCUCCAGCAACAAUCUGGCCCAGCUCCAGGGAACGCACAGUGCACGCAGUCGAAAUGCUGUUGUUGUCGUUGACGGCGAUCAUUUCAAUCUGCUGCCGAACAGCACACGCCUCCUAUCGGGCAGUCCAACGAAUGAGAGCGAUCUGAACUAUCAGAACUCAGAGAUUAGCAUUCGCAGCCAUGGACUCUAUGCGCCACAAGCGGAUAACGAUCUGAAUUUAACUCUAACCGACGACUUUCGCUGUUAUCAGUCAUCGAAUGCAAGCGAUGCGGAUGUCGAUGUGCUCAAUGAGUUCGAUGAUGAGUUUGUGGCAUACAGCGGUGGUGGUGGUGGUGGUGUUGCGACCAAUGGCGACGCACAUUACCAGCAACUGCAUCAUGUGGUGCUGGCUGGCAAUGGCGGCAGCAGCAGCAGCGGUGGAGAGGCAAUUGCCGAAGGCAUCCAUCUCGAUGAACUCGAUGGCGAUGGCGAUGGCGUUGGGAAUGGCGAUGGGGAUGGGGAUGCGGUGAAUGUGGAUGAGGAUGAUGAUGAUGAGGAGGCAAUGAACAACUCCAUCGAUGAGCUGUACGAGGCCAUCAAGCGUCGCAGUCCACUAAAGAGCUGCAAGCAGCAGCAGCAACAGUUGCCGGAAUCGCAUUGCUCGCCAGGCGGCUCGGACAGAUUACGCAGAACACAGGAGCCGCAACUGACCAAAAUCAAUCAGAGUGCAAAUCUUAAUCAAAUUACCAAUACCUAUACCAAUCCCAAUGCCAAUCUUAAUGCAAAUUCGAGCAACAAUCAUGAGAAUCUAAAUGAAACUGUGGAAGAUGAUAGCAGUCAGAGUAGCGUCAUUUCCUACAUUGAUCCUAGAGCGAACAACGAGCAGAGUGCUCGCAACAAUCCUAGUUAGCUAUAGAUCCUAAUUAUAUAUAGUUAUAGUUACAGUUUCAUCUAACACACACACACACACAAAAACACAUCCAUGAAAACGAUUUACCCUCCGUGCUUGGCUGAGUGCUUGCAAUUGCCAAUGCCAAAGUAUUCCUGUCCUCAAUAGACUCUAAGGCAUUUUUUUUAU